AUGAUGACAUUCCGUAGCAAGCCCAAGGUCCGCAAGAAUGGUUUCUGGAGCCUUACUGCGUAUGACGGCAAGGGCUACCUUAUCCCCAAUGACCUGAACAGGGCCUCGCUGGGCGACCGUAGCGCUCUCACGUUCCCCGACGGAACGCCCCUUUCAGACGACUCGGAGGAUGGGACAUUCCAGAUCCUAGCCCAGCCUGCGGAUAACCCUCCGCCUGCCAACUGGACCAGUAACUGGAUUCCCACUCCUGCGGGUGGUGGUGUCGUCUCGCUAAGCCUUCGUCUCUAUGGUGCUGAACUGGAGAUGAGCGAUGGCACGUGGGUUUACCCGGACGUGAAGGUAAUUGAUGCCAUCACUGAAUAA